GAAAAAAAAAAUUUAAAAUUUUUCAAAUUUAUUCUUCAUUAAAAAAAAAAAAAAAAACCUCUUAUGAUGUGCAAGCAGCCACCGACUUCAUUGAGAAAAUCGAAUUAAGGCUACAGCGUGUACAUCACUUUAUAUUCCUGAAAAGGGAAAAAUAAUUCCCCCAAUUCCAAUUUCUGUUCCCACUGCGAUUAGGCUGCGAAACCCUAACCCCAAUUCUACCCAUUAUCGACCAUGCUUCACUCGCCGGGUCAUUCUCCUCGCCAUAUUUCAUCGCCUUCACCUUCAUCGAAUUCACGCCUUUCAACUUCAGCCCCUUCUUCCUCCAGUACUCCUUCCGGUUCCAGACCUAACGGGGAAAGGGUUCUCGACGAAGACUCGUAUGUCGCUGCCAUUGAGAAGAUUAUAGAGCGUGACUUCUUUCCUGAUAUCUCGAAGCUUCGAGAUCGUCUCGACUGGUUGGAGGCCAUCAAGACCGGCGAUCCUGUUCAACUUCGAGAUGCACAGUUGAAGAUUAUUGAGCGCCGUGGAAACAAGGUGAGUAUUCGUAACACUGAUGGAAAAACUCAAACUCCUGGUUCCACUUUUAUGCGAAAUUUUACUCCUUUCGAUGAAUUAGAUGGGAAAACCCCCAAAACACCGGGUUUCCUUAAUAGGGUUUCGCUCGAUGGCGGCGAGCCUGGGGAGGGUGGUGAUGGUGGGGUUGACGUUAGUUUGUCUCUGGAUGAGUUUUUUAGGCGGUAUACGAGUGAGGACAAUGAGAGUUUUUCGAAGAUUUUGGAGAAGGUGAAUCGGAAGAGGAAGGAAAGGUAUGAGUAUUUAACGGAAGGAGAAAAGGAAGAUGUUCAGGCCAUUGAGGAUGCCAAGAGGAAUAGAAUUACGGAUGGAUAUGGGACUUCUGAUCAGCCGCCUAGUACAUUGGAGAGUUGGAAGUAUACUGCGAAGAAUCUGCUAAUGUACCAUCCGGCUGAUCGGGGUGAAGCCCCUUUGACGGAGGAGGAACGGGCUGUUAGAAUGAAGGCCUUAGAGAAGGAGAUCAAUCGUCCCAACACAAGAUUUCAUGGUAAAAUGAUGGAUACUAGGCCCAGAGAUGAUGGUAGUAUUGAAGUGCUUUACACUCCUGUUGCUGGUUCAACUCCAGUUCCCAUGGAUAGAACAGGUGAUAAGACGAAGAAGUAUGAUUUGGAUGAUUUGAGGAAAACCCCAAAUCCAUUUUAUAUAGAAUCUGCUAAGAAAGCAGAUAAUGGUUAUAACUUUGUUAGGACUCCUUCACCCGCCCCUGGGGUUGAUGAAUCUCCGUUUAUUACAUGGGGUGAAAUUGAAGGAACACCGUUGAGGUUGGAUGAUGAGGACACCCCAAUUGAUAUUGGGGGAAAUGGCGAUGGGCCGCAUUACAGUAUUCCUUGCCCGGCUGUAAGAGAUGAGAAAGCACAUUCACUAUCGAGGGAUGCUGCACGCAAGCUGAGAGAGAGGUCAAAAAUGUUUAAAAAGCCUCCAUUGCCGUCUCCCGUUAGAGGUGGCAGUGCCAGUCCCAGUGUACGGGCACUUUCGUCUGCUGCACAGAAGUUUGUGAGGAAUGCAAUUGGAAAGAAUUCAUCUUCUGUUGAUGAAACACUUCGUGCUAGUUACAGGGGUUCAAGCCCCGUGCUUGCUACUCCGAAGGGUGGCAGGAGUGUUUCAAGACUUGGAAGAGAUAGUAGCUUGGCUUCAAGGUCACCUUCUGUGUGAGAAUGUUUUUAAUACUUCAUGCUGUUCUGUAAUUCUCUUUCAAAGCGGCUUAAUAUUGUGCCGCUUUCCUUUUUCCCUAAACAAAUAUGAAAUAUGUAUAGUACAUUUUCUAUUUUCCCUAUGUGCCAUUAGUUGAUAUUAUUAUCUGCUUUCUCAGCUCAAUUCUGGUUAUUUAUUUAUUUUUCUUUCCAAAUUCAUGUAAAAUAGAUUCUGUUCUCUUUUGUUUUUAUGAUCUCAACUUGAAACUUGAUGUGAUCAAAUAAACAUGCUACGGUUUUCUA